UGAGUGGAGGGUGAAUAUAACAAUCUUUACCAUUCACAAAGGUAACAUCAGUACCAAAUAAAGAACAUGGAUCCUCUACACACAACGGACAAUUCCAGCACCAACUGGACCAGCGGUCUGGAACUUAACGACACGGAACUGUAUUCGAACCAAUUCGUGCAGCCAGUCUGGAGGAUAGUGCUGUGGGCGAUCGCUUACUGCACCAUAGUCCUUGUGUCAGUUGUGGGUAACAUCGUGGUCAUAUGGAUCAUCGUAGCGCACAAACGGAUGAGAACAGUGACAAACUAUUUUCUCGUGAACUUAGCCUUCGCCGAGGCAUCAAUGUCGGCGUUCAACACCGUUAUAAACUUUACUUACGCCGUGCACAACGAGUGGUACUUCGGGCUGGUGUACUGCCGCUUCCACAACUUCUUUCCCAUCGCAGCGGUCUUCGCUAGCAUCUAUUCCAUGACGGCCAUAGCACUGGACAGGUACGUGGCCAUCAUCCACCCACUGCAGCAGCGUCUGUCGUCUACGGAGACCAAGGUGAUCAUCGGGGUGAUCUGGGUUCUUGCGCUGUUGCUGGCCUUCCCCCAGUACUACUACUCCAGCACUGCCCAGCUGCCCGGCCGUGUUGUCUGCUUCAUCGACUGGCCGGAGUACACUGUCUGGAACUUCAAGAGAAUGUACUAUGUGUGUGUGGCAGUGCUAAUCUACUUCCUGCCUCUGCUGGUCAUGGGCUGUGCCUACCUGGUGGUGGGUUUGACCCUGUGGGCGAGCGAGAUCCCGGGCGACUCCUCUGAUCGCUACCGGGAGCAGCUCAUGGCCAAGCGCAAGGUGGUCAAGAUGAUGAUCGUGGUGGUGUGCACUUUUGCCACCUGCUGGCUGCCCUACCAUGUCUACUUCCUGCUGCAUGAGUUCUUCCCUCACCUGUUUGAGGAGCUGUUCAUCCAGCAGGUCUACCUGGCCAUCAUGUGGCUCGCCAUGAGUUCCACCAUGUACAACCCUAUCAUCUACUACCUCCUCAAUGACAGAUUUCGUGCAGGAUUCCGGCAGGCGUUCUGCUGGUGCCCCUGCGUUGCUGACGGCUCGUACGAAGGCCUGGAGCUCAAGUCGACCCGCUACCUGCAGACCCAGGUGAGCGUGUACAAGACCAGCCGCAUGGAGACCACGGUGUCGACGGUGCUGCAGCACGGGGAUGAGCAACACCCCUCGCGGUGCCUGGAGACGGACCUCAUCUCCAACGGCUCCACCUCCCGCAGCGUCUCCAAGACCUCCAGCUUCUACUCCAGCAACCACCUGGCGUAGAGCCCUUUGUACUGCCCUGCACAGCCCCUC